UAAAUGACAUGCAUACUAAAAAUAGCCAUUACAAAUUUUGACAUUCCUUAAAAAGUUAGGACAGCAUUUGACAUAUUAAACAGAUUAUCAUUAAGGACUGAAAUAAAAUGAGGAUACCUUUGGAGAGGGAGAAUGACAAUGUGCGAGUGUGCGUCCGAUGUCGUCCUAUGAAUGAUACAGAAAAAGGCCAAGGAUGUACACAGGUUGUCAAGGUUGAUACAGUAAGAAAGAACAUCACAGUUGAACACAAAGAUCACACAAAUAAAGGAGAACCUCCAAAAACGUUCUCAUUUGAUCAGGUAUAUGCCCCAGACAGUAAGCAGUUAGACUUGUAUAAUGAAACAGCUAGACCAAUUGUGGAUUUUGUGUUGGAGGGAUAUAAUGGAACAAUAUUUGCAUACGGACAGACAGGGACUGGGAAAACAUUCACUAUGGAGGGUGUCAGAGCUGUACCUGAACUUAGAGGAGUCAUACCUAACUCAAUGGUAACCAGGUUUUUGGUUCGAGUCUCGUACCUGGAGAUUUACAAUGAGGAAGUUAGAGAUCUGCUUGGCAAGGACCAGCACCAAAGACUUGAGGUCAAAGAACGGCCAGAUAUAGGUGUGUAUGUCAAAGAUUUGUCUGCCUUUGUUGUCAACAAUGCUGAUGAUAUGGAUCGUAUAAUGACGCUGGGAAAUAAAAACAGGGUAACUGGCGCCACAAAUAUGAACCUUCAUAGCUCCAGAUCUCAUGCAAUUUUCACUGUUACUAUAGAAUGCAGCGAGAAAGGUCCCGACGGCGAGCAGCAUGUCCGAGUUGGGAAAUUGCAUUUAGUUGAUUUAGCGGGUUCAGAAAGGCAGGCGAAGACUGGGGCGACAGGACAGCGUUUAAAAGAAGCUACAAAGAUUAACCUGUCUCUAUCUACUCUGGGUAAUGUGAUCUCGGCUCUAGUGGAUGGGAAGAGCAGUCAUAUACCGUACAGAAACUCUAAACUGACACGUCUGCUGCAAGAUUCACUUGGCGGGAAUUCUAAAACUGCUAUGAUAGCAAACAUCGGUCCAGCGGACUACAACUACGAUGAGUCAAUCAGUACAUUACGUUAUGCAAACAGAGCUAAAAAUAUCCAGAACAAAGCUAAGAUUAAUGAAGAUCCUAAAGACGCUUUACUGAGACAGUUCCAGAAAGAGAUAGAGGAACUCAGAAAACAGUUGGAAGAAGGAGUGACAGACAGUGAGGGGUCAGAGGAAGAGAGUGAGGAAGAAUUUAUAAAUGAAGAUGGUGUGAAGGUCAAAAGAAAAAAGAAGAAGACAAAGAAAGGAGAUCAGUCAGGAAAACAUAUCUCAAAGGAAAAGAUGGCAGAAAUUCAGGCCAAAAUUGCAGCAGACCGUCGGAAAUUAGAAGAACAAAAAGAUAUGGCAGAGGAGGAAAAGAACAAAGUAAAAGAUGAUCUCCUAGAAAAAGAAACUGAACUGAAAAAAUACCAGUAUGUCAGUAAUGCUCUGGCACAGAAGUUGGCAGCCAUUGAGAAGAAGAUUAUAGUGGGUGGGGAAAAUUUGUUGGAGAAAGCGGAGGAACAAGAAAGAUUGCUGGAGGAAAGUGCCCUCGAAUUACAGGAGAGAAAAGUUGUAGAGGAAAAGUUACGCAACAAGCUACAGGAAAAAGAGAGGUAUGUUUAACAUUGUAGCAAAGAACGUUUGGACAUUGAGGAGAAAUAUUCAAGUCUGCAGGAAGAAAUAACGGGAAAAACGAAGAAACUGAAAAAAGUUUGGACAAUGCUUAUGCAGGCCAAAUCUGAGAUAGCAGAUUUACAACAAGAACAUCAACGUGAGAUGGAAGGUUUGUUAGAGAAUGUACGUCAGUUGUCACGAGAAUUAAAGUUACAGAUGACCAUCAUAGACAACUUUAUACCUCCAGAAUAUCAGGUAAAUGUUAUUUAUUAUGUCAUUUGUAAAUCACCAGAAUAUCAGGUAAAUGUUAUUUAUUAUGUCAUUUGUAAAUCACCAGAAUAUCAGGUAAAUGUUAUUUAUUAUGUCAUUUGUAAAUCACCAGAAUAUCAGUGUAAAUCACCAGGAUAUCGGGUAAAUGUUAUUUAUUAUGUCAGGUGUAAAUCACCAGGAUAUCAGGGCCAGGAGCCAGACCUGUCGAACAUCUACCUCGCCUAUACAGCAGAGGGGGCACAACAGGCUAUGAAGCAGAAGUCAUCCAAAUCAUCCCGACCAAAAUCAGGCCGCCCCAAAUCUUCGAGACCAAAAUCAUCAAAAAAAAAGCGUAACAAGGACGCAGAGAUAGACUCUGUACUGCAGUGACUUUAUCACGCAGCAUUUGCUUUACUCCUUCUAGACAUGUACCUGUAUUGGAGCUGCGUUUAUCUGACCUGGUUGAUCGAAGGCGAUGUUGCAGAAAUAUCAUCGUAUAUAAAUAUACAAGGCACCCCCGUUUAUCCUUGGCUGAAUUCAAGAACUUUAUCUGCCCUUAUUAUGUUUCUGGCAGUCAUAGUCACAUGGGUUAUGUCAUUUUCAUUCUUAAGACAUACUACCUAAACAAUUUUUCUCUUUUAAUAAUCUUUUGUAAUAUUUAACAUUUUUUUGUGUCUAUUUUUAAAAAAAAUCCAGACCAAUAUUUUACAAUCAAAACAAUUUUGGAAUACUCUCGCGAGUGGAAUAACUCGUGUAUAAUUUAACAUAAAUUUUUAUCUUACAUAAUAUUUACUUGUGUUUGGACCAAGACAAAAAGUUAAAGCUGACCAAAUGUUCCCUGUUCAGACAGUAUCAUUUUAUGACCCGGUCAAAAACAUAAACGUGCUACCAUGAUAUUGAUAUUUAUAAGUAUGUACACAUUUAUAUUUUAAUUGUCACUUAAUGAGUGACUGCUGUUAUUACGUAUAGAAGUUGCAUGAUGAUAAAAAAGGUUGUGUUUGUUGCUAGACUUAGUAAAUGGCAGUUGUUUAUAUUGAAUAAUUUUUUUAAUUUUUUAAUACCUUUGAAUUGAGUCUCUCAUCAGGUUCAUUGUUAUUUACAUGUGCAAAAACUUGAAACUUAGAUAAUAAAAACUUACCUGCAGUAAUGCAAUUUAUUUGUGCUUAUACUACAACAACAUUUUUGCAACAUUAAUCUUAUUUGUUUGAUUUCAGUUGUCCGAACUUGUUUAAGGGAGAUUUUACCUUCACCCUUGUAAUGGGAUAGCCCUGCUAUGAAUUUGGAUCUGUUAAUUUUAAGUUAAAGGGGUUCUGCAGUAUUAUUAUGGUAAAAUUGAGUAUUUGGUCUGAUCAGACUGUAAUAAAACCACCAUCUAGACUGGUUCUUUUUUGGUGGCAGGGGUCAAUCAAUUAUGACUAAAAACACCCAAGUUGGUCAGAGUAUUUUUUAGUUUUUGUACUUUGGGUUUAAAUAUGUUCAGGGGUUAAUUAAUUCAGAAAUCUCAGCAGGUCCUUAAGUCUAUAUUAUGGACUGUCCUGUAAAUCCAUAUUAUACUGUUGUUACAUGUCAUUAACUUUUUUUAAGUUGUGCUGAUGAUUUUUUUAGCAGUUUACCGUAUUAAGUUAGUGCAUAAUUUAGACUCAUACAUUUUGUUGCGUUUUUUGUCAUUAUGGACCUCUCAGAGCGAUUAUGAUUAUUUUUGCGAUUCCCUCCAUGAUUUAUUUAUUUUUAUUUUAUUUUUCCAUAGAAUAAUGCUGUGAUAAUUUCAAAUUUAUUGUACAUUUCUCUUUGUGCUUUGUAUCAAACUGAUUUAUAUUGUAAAUAUGCAUGAUUAAAAUAUUGAUCAUUGAAAAUUAAAAUAUAACUUUUUA